AUGGCUCAGCUUAAAUCUCAUGUUACAGGUGAAGCUAACAAAGCUAUUACAGGUCUUGGUGCAUCAGGGAAAAUGUAUGCGACUGCACUGAAAACAUUGAAAUCACAGUUCGGACAGCCAACUGUGAUAGCCAGAGCAUGUGUCAGCAAGUUAGUUAAGGGUGCUAACAUCCAUGUAAAUGACCGUCAAUCAUUACGUGAUUUUUCACUUGAUUUGAUAAAUGUCAGAUCCACAUUGCUUAGAAUCAAUUUCUUUGCAGAUGCUAACACCAAUAACACUCUUCGACAGAUUAUCAGACGACUGCCAGAUUAUUUAAUUCGCCAGUGGAAAUCAACAGUGACAGAAAUUCGUGAGAGAGGUGAAUUACCUACCUUAGAUCAUGUCAGUGAGUUUAUACGGAAAAGGGUUGCUGCAGAAUUUGACCCUGACUUUGGUGACCUAGAGACAAACCAGUACAAAGGUCAAAGGUCAGACUCCAAGGCACAGAAUGGUAGUAAAGGUGUCCAUGGUACCCAAGAACAGAAAAAACAGCCAGAGUGUUACAUGUGUAAAGAGUCACACAGGCUUGUAAAUUGCCCAACAUUUGAAGAUUCUUCAGUUGAAGAAAGAAUACAGCAGGUCAAAGAUCACAGACUUUGCUUCUCGUGCUUGACCAGAGGUCACGUGACCUGA